GAGAGAUGGCGCCCUUCAACAAAACAGAGCGACAGGAGCUACCGGUAGGAGAAAAUUAUUUCUUCCGAGGCAGGCAGGAGAAAAGAGUUAAUUUGAUGAAAAAUCAUCGAUAAUUAGGCCUAACGUCAUGAGAUACAGCGACCAAGAACUUCUUACUCUUGCUUCUUCACCACCAGACGUCGAAGGGAGGCUCUGGUACAGACAACAACGGCGUCGUCGAGAAAGUUACAGGGAAAGAUUGUUCCGACUGAAGUCAAACUUCCUCUUCUACUUCAGAAUUCAUGAAACAAGCAGAACACUUGAUCCCCUUGGAGCAUUGCUGUUAGAACGAUGUACUAUUAGAGAGGAGCCUAUGGACCAUGGCCGCUAUGUCUUCUCAUUAGAAUACCAGGAGGAGAGAGAUCACAAACAUUACUUCGCUGUUUCAUCAUCAGGCGAAUACAGAAGGUGGAUCGAUGCCAUCAAAACAUCAAGUUAUGAGAGGCUGAAAUCAACAUUCUUGCUCCUUCAAAGAGAAAUAGUUAGAGUAAAGGAUGUGAAAAAGCAUAAAGAUGCUUCUCCAAAGCCAGUCAGACGUGCCCCACCCCGACCAUCCCAUCCUCCAGCUGGUAAACCACAUGUUAAACUAACCAAGGAAACAACAGAAAUACCGCAAAUGAAAAAAGAAAUGGAAGUAGGAGGUGACUUAGUGGAUAUUACUUGACACAAGAAGAGGAUUGGACCUUACUAUGAAUGACUUCUAUGAAUAUCAUUAUGUUAAACAAAUAUUGCCACAAGUUAUAGAAUAUUUAAAGGCCUACUAUACUGUAAUGUAUUAUGAAUGAUGGAGAAAUCAUGCAAGUGUGCAAGUUUUUUACCAUCAGACUCAGAGUAAGAUUCUGAUUUUUUUCUUCCUUUUUUUGCAUGUUCUUGUCAUGACUGAAAGAGGUUGGGCAGUGAAACCUGUAUAUCAAGACCACAUAAAGGUUUACAAGAAAAGUGGUCUUUAUGAGCAGAUGAUCUUUAUCGACAUACUUAUUAGGCUGCCCUAGAAUAUUAUUCCAGAUUGAAACAUGCAGAGUUUGUUGACUCCAGUCGUGCGACUUGGACUUGAGUCGAGACUCAAGUCGUUAAUUUGCUGACUUGUGGCUUGACUUGCUAACUGCCCAAAUGACUUGGGACAAAUGUUAUUGUGGAAUUCUUUUCAAGGGGAACCAAACUGGUGGUUUUUGUAUACAGGUGUUUGAUAAAAACAGGUUUCAACUCUAUGCUGACACCACACACCUUUUUAUGCAUGAGAUUUAUUAUUUUAAGUUGCCUAAGCCAAUCCAGCUUAUUUUGUAUUAUCUCUUCGACAAGUUUAGAUUCGUGCAAAAACAUUUGUAAUGUGAUGAUUUUUCAGACUACCUUUACACUUUUGUCACAAGGUAGAAUGUGGGAAAGCUGCUAUGCACACACUACACAAUCCAAUACGGUGCAGUUUGGGAAGAAAUCGCAUCCUUUAAUUAUUAAAUUUGAAAGAAGUUAAUGAUUUUAUAUGAUGUUCGGAAUAAUGCCUGGGGGCCGUUUCAUAAAGCUGUUUGUAAUUUAAGAGCGACUUUAAGAAUGACUGGUGAACCCUUCUUACGCGCUAAACCAUCGCCAAUUCAAUAUACCAUUUACCACAAGAAAGGAUUACCAGUCGUUCUUAACUUACGAACAGCUUUAUGAAACACCCACCAAGAAUACUGAAAUUCAAAUUCUGCUCUGCUGCAAGCCUUGUGUCCAGAGUAAACUCCAAAGUCAGCUUCAAGUCACUGCCAAGGAUGACUUCAUUACAAUUUGGAAUAGAAUUUGUUUCUAUUCCUAUAGGGAGGCUCGUAAUGGACUGGAAGUUCAAUUUGAAUAUUCCAAUUCUGAACUUUAAUCUUUUAAGAUUUUAUAAGUUGGCAUGUUCACGUCAAGUGGGACAUGUAUUACAGUGUCCUUGAAAAUUGCAUUGCAACAGAUCAUGUAGUGUGCGAUGGGUUUAAGAUGCAUUGUGCCUCUCAAAUAUUGAUGUGAAGGUGCUAUUUGUGUUUCAAAACAGUUGUCCCAAAUUACCCAUUGUUUUGUAUGUGAUGAAUUGAGGAUUAGCAGUAAAAAGAUGGAUGCGGGAUUCCUACGUAAGAAACACAGCUCUGAUGUUUUGUAAGGUGCCUUACUGUAUGUGUUUGUUCUAACAGAUAUUCAUGCCAAUGGUUGAUAAGACAAAAGGCGUCACCUCCAACUCAAAAGCAGUAAUUUUGUGGAAAAGUGACGCCAAUUUUCUACCGUGCGAUAUAUGCAUUGCUUUAAUACAGUACCAUUGCAAGACACUUAGAUUUUGAGUAAUAAAUAGACCUGCUUGGUAGAAAAAUGUCAGGGUUGGGAAUUUCCAGGUAAAAUAAGGUAUUUUGGCCCAGGUGGGAAAUACUGGGAAAAACUCGUAAAUAUGUGAAAUUGACAACAUUGAACUCUUUAAAUCAUCUCUCUAAACUCACUUAUUUCAGCAGGUGUGUGUUUCAUAAAGCUGUUCGUAAGUUAAGAGCGACUUUAAGGACGACUGGUGAUCCUUUCUUGUGGUAAAUGAUGUAUUGAAUUGGCAAUGGUUUAGCGCGUAAGAAGGGUUCACCAGUCAUUCUUAAAGUCGCUCUUAACUUGCGAACAGCUUUAUGAAACGGCCCCCAGAUGUGUAAUAAUUAGCUCAAUUGGAUGAGCCUAACAGAAAUAUGGCGCAAUAUAAAUGCUGUGGAUCAUCAUCAUCAUGCUGGGAAGUACUUUAAGGUGUACAGAGAGGUACAGGGAAAUGCUAGAAUAUGCUUGAAAAACACCUUGGCAAUACCUGAAAAUAUUCAAGAAGUAGUGCUUUACUGCAUUUCCAAAUAUUUUUCAUUCUCCUAAAAAGUUGUCAAGGUGAUACAUUACCACCAGUAUUUCUCAUACUGGCCCACCCUGAAAGAUAUUGAACAUCACUGUUUUGUAUAGCGAAGGCCUGGGGAGUGUUUCAUAAAGCAAAUACUAGUAAUCAAUUAUUUACUCUGACUAAUUUGUUCUGAGCCAAUCAGAUGCAAGGAUUUCAGUAGCUUAUAACAUAUGUCAGUGAAAUCACUACUUUACUUUAUAGUUUCAUGUAGUGCUCCCAUUGCCAACCUUUGAAGUGUAUGAUUUGAAAGAAUGGGUCAGCUGGUAACUAGUGUUUUUGAGUACAGGAUUAAAUUAAAAAUUAUCCCGACUUUCAACGUUGAUGGUUCAUUACCAGGAUAUGUGACCUCCCUCAUAGAAUGCCAUCUAUGUUCUGUCUUGCACUAAUAUGUACUGACGUCCCCAUCACACACCUAAGAUGAUUUGGAGGCUGUGCCUUUUCUUCUGUUGCUCCACGCCUUUGGAACUCCCUCCCUUCUUCGCGCUGUGAAAUCGACAGCACUGAACUCUUCAAAUUAUGCAUCAAAACCAACUUAUUUCAGGAGAUGUGUAGUAAUUAGCUUAAUUGGAUUAGCCUGCACCCGUGAAUGUUUUUAACAGAAAUAUGGCGCAAUAUAAAUGCUGUGGAUGAAGAUCAUCAUUUCAUUUUGGUGAUAGAUUAUGUAGUGCUUCCAUACUCUUUAUUACAAUGUACAAUAUAAACCUAAUAUUAUUGCUAAAAAGAAAUUGGUGAUUUAAAGGGGUACUCCUGGCUGAAAAUGUGAUACAAAUAAUUAAACUUGGAAAAUCCUGAAAAUUUCCAUCAAAUUCAGUUUAAAAUAUUGAAAUUAUCAAAUGUUAUUUUGUUUCGCAUUACUUUGAUUACACGAUUGAAAGCAUGCAGUUGUGAUGAAAAUAUGCUAUUAGUUUAUAGCUGAUGAUGUCACAAUCCCACUGUCUUUUGUUUCCUUUUAUUACGUGAUAAUUUUGAUUAUUAAGUAUUUUCAUACAUAGCAAAUAUCGUCCUUGUUACAAAACAACUUACAGCAAAGAUGGUCUUUACUGUAUGAAAAAAAUACGAUAAAAAAGGGAUCACAGCAUCACUGCCUCACUGCAUGAAUUAUUUCAACAAAACAAUGUAAAACUUUAAUAUUUCAUUGAAACUUUAAAAAAAAUAUUAUUUUUCAUUUGAUUUGAUGAAAUUUCCAAUGUUUUGCAUGUUAAGAUUUUCCCCAUGUAUAAAAAUCAAGUCAUAUUCAGCCUACACAUAGAUUACCACUUUGAGUUCAUAUUUCUUCCUUCAUCAUGAGAUAGGAAUAAAUGUGCAAGAUGAAAAUACAUGUACAUGCAGUGGAAAUUUAUAAUGCACUGUAUGAGUUUCAUAUUUAGAAACUUUAUUGUCAUAUAUAAUAUGCGAGUAAAAAAAAACACCUCACAAAUCCCCAAUUUUAAGAAAAAAUUGUCAUAAACACAUAAUUAUUACAUAUGGCCUGAAAGAGUAUGUUCUCCCAAAUAAUUUGAUAACAUAUUUUUGUGGUAUGUACUAACGCUUCGAUGACCAGUGAUGUAAAUUUUGACUUGCGCCAAAUUAUCAGGCAUGGCUGCAAUGGAUGAAUCCAAAUGCCAAUGAUGUCUUAAUCCUUCAUGAGUUAGUAAAAUAUUUGCUAAUCCCUUUUCAAUGUUUUUUAAACAAUUAUAAUUUCUUUCUUUUGUAAUUGUGUGUAUUGGUUUUUAAUGUGAAAUAAAUGAAAUGAAAAAUGAAAUAAUGUAAAUUACUGAAAAUGUAUUUUGAAAUAGAUUUUAAUGCAACCCUUGUAGGAUUAUGACAUCAUUGACAUCUGGAUUCAUUCAUUGUAGUCAUGCCUUAAUUUGGCUUAAAUCAAAAUUUACAUUUUGAAUGAAUACCUCCUGGUCAUCCAAGCAUUGACACAAACCACAUAAAUAUGGUAUCAAAUUAUUUUUGAGAACAUACCCUUUCAAGCCCUAUAUAAUAAUUAUGUGUUCAUGACAUACUUUUUCUUAAAAUCAGGGAUUUGUGAGGUGUCCAGUUUUUUUUUUACUCACAUGGUAUAGGUACAUUUAUUACACUUGCAAUACUGAAAUUCCAUCAUGUGCCUUUAGAGCUAUGAUUAUUUUUCUUUAUGAUAUAACAAAUAUAUUUUAACCAAUGU